AUGACGCUCCCCAAUUUGGAGGGCGGUUCAGUUAAUUGCGGCGACAAAAGGUCUGCACUUGGUCAGGAAGCUAGUCUUGGAAGACUGUAUGACGCCAAUUCGGAUAAGGUCCUCAGCAAUAAGUUUCUGCGAACCGAGGUCCCCCCUCCCGGAUCUUUUGAGACCAGUGAGAAGAGUAGCAUCAGUUUCAAGCACGCAAUCUCCGAUUCUCUUCAGGAGAGAUACUCCAACCUCGGUGCAUCUGCGGAUGUUAGCGCCAGCCUUCUCUGCGGAUCUAUCAACGCUGGUUGGAGGGCUGAUUACCUCUCUUCUAGCAGGAGGAAAUCUCGUGUCCUGCAAGCAUCCGUGGUUUGCACCGUUCACACCCGAUAUGAAUAUCUCAAUUUGGGCGCCCACGGACUUGAAGGAAAUUUGAACUUCAGCGCCCUCGACACCGCUGGUGCGACGCAUGUCAUCUGCGGCAUAGUCUGGGGAGCGCAAACUUCAGUCACCGUACGGGUCACAUCGGCCGAAUCGAGUGAAUCUCGCAAGUUCACGUCAGAUGUCGGCACUGGGCCAAAAGGAGAAGCAGAAAUCGGGAGAAACAAGUCAACUCAGAGUCUCCUUAGUCGAAUAGUCAACUGUAUUGGCCAGGUAAAUCUGGACGGAAAGCUCAGCCUAGAUGAUGAGACCAGGUCAAGAAUUACAGAACUGGACUUUUCUAUUUCCGGUGACGCUAUCGAUGAUUUCGAGACAACUCCGAGGAAUGUCGAGGAGUUUAUCGAGUUUCUCCACAAGAUACCUUCAUCCUUCAAGGCAGCUAGGGAAGGCAAGGCGGUUCCUAUCGAGUUUGAACUGCGGCCCAUUGACGAUGUUGCCCGCGAGUUCAAGAGAGAGUUGACGCAGGAGAUCAUUUCCCACCGCCUAGAAACAAGCUGCGUCAAUGAUUGCGUCGAGCUCCUUGAGGAAUUAGAGAUGGUUUGUCAAGAGCUCCAAGAUUAUUACGACCGUCUCGAGGAACACUCGUAUUGUAUUCCUAAAGACCAUAUCCGAAAAGUGAAGGGUAUGCUAGGAUCAUCCAAAAAGCAGCGGAGUGAAUUUCUGAAGGAUAUGACAGGCAUACUCUGUCGCAUCCGGAAGGAAUCGGCGGACAUUUCGGAACUUGAGGACUGUUUUGCGCAAGUUAACGACUAUAAGAAGCCGACAAACUACAACGAGACCAUCGACAAGUACUCUACCAAAAUGGCCAUGGCCAGCCAGCUUCGGGGUUUGGGAGCCAUCUACGUCAAGAACGAUCAAUUUGAGAUACAAUCUGCCAUCCACAAACCCCACGAGAAGGACUUAUUUGUCCUUCACUACAAUGAAGAGACACGGGGCAUGUCUGAUUGGCCAGAGCACUUCCGCCUUGCCAUGCAACUACUCUAUGAGCGGGAACUGAGACUCAUGAUAGUUGACCAUGACGUCGGGGUCCCGGACAUCCUGGAAAAACCCCUCUUAGAGCAAUUCAGAGGAGGUCGGCUACUUGUGGAUGACGUGGUGGCAUCCUACAAAGAACUGAGCGAUAAGUGUAUUAUAAGGUAUCAGGAAACCACUUUGCAGGAGCUGCUCAAGGAUCUCGAUGAGUCUGAGGUUUAUAAUGUUCUGGUCAUGGGUGAGACUGGAACUGGGAAGUCGACCUUCAUCAAUGCUUUCGUUAAUUAUGCCAAUUUCGAGUCUCUAGAGGAAGCUCUGAACGACACAGAGGUAGUGCGGUUUGCUGUUCCAUCGGCGUUGGCUCAUGAGAUCGAAGGCGGCGAAAUGGUUGACGUGACGCUUGGAGAAAGCACUGAGAGCGAGAUCCUGUCCCGCAACGGACAGUCGGCCACUCAACGAGGCACAAUUUACAGCCUAGAGAUGGAUAACGGAAAGAGUAUACGUCUCAUAGAUACUCCUGGCAUUGGGGAUUCGAGGGGUAUCCGAUAUGACGAUGCGAAUAUCAAGGAUAUUCUCACAACCCUCGAGCAGGUCGACAAACUUAGCGCGAUUCUGAUUCUCCUUCGACCUAGUCAAGCGCGCCUAACCCCGACAUUCCGGUUCUGUUUAAUCGAGCUAUUCCGUCACCUUCACCGCAGUGCCGUCAGAAAUGUCAUAUUUGGGUUUACCUUUGCUAGUGGCACACAAUACAAGGCAGGAGUAGUUGAACGGCCUCUGAACGAACUUUUACGGAGCCUCAACGUUGGUCUUAUACUGGGUCAAGGGAACAAAUACUUCUUCGAUUCGGGUUGGUUCGCAUAUCUCGCUGCAUGCAAGAAGAAAGGCCGCGAACUCCCUGGCAAAGAUUGCCACGAAGAAAUGUGGCGGAGAUCGGCCGAAGAGACGGGUCGUUUCAUUGCAACGGUGAUGCAGUUACCCACCCACAAUGUCGGGGAGACGCUCAACUACAAUCGUAUCAGAAACGUUCUGGAGCGAAUGGCAAAGCCGCUCACGAGCUUUUCUAGCGCCAUGAAGAAGUCCCAGGUGGAACUGCAAGCCCUUAGGGAGGACUUGGCAGCGUUAGAUGAAACGGAUAAGGACUUAGCUGAAAAGCUCAAAAAGUUCAAGCUGACCAUGACAGUACCCGUAAGAUACAACCUUAAAAGAGCUAUGAUGGUGUGUUCAGAGGAGGAAUGCAGCACCUAUAUGGAAGACGAAGAGGGCCGCAGGCAACGAGUCUUCAAUCCCGAAUGCCACAGCGACUGUGAUCUCCGAGCCCCCACAGAGUUCCCCGGUCAUUCCGACAUGAGAGGAUGCUAUGCAUUCCGAGGCUGGCUUUUCUGGUUCAACAAUGAGAAGAGGUUGGUUGAAGACAAGGACAUAAAAGGCCAAAUCCAGAACAAUGAGGAUGCCAAACACCAGCUCAAAGUUAAGCUGGAUCUUGCCCAAGACACGAUCGAGGAAAUUGAAAAGGAGGCGGCUCAGAUCAAAGAUGCUCAGGCCUACUUCGGCUUCUACCUCAAGGACAAUGGGCUGGUAACAUACAACGACGCGACGACCGCACACCUCGCAUACCAGAUCCGAAACGCAGAGCUUGAGGGAAGGGGCGCCGAUGCUGCAGAGUUAAGGCAGCAGUAUUCCGAGUAUGGGUCUAAACUCGAGGAACUGAUGAAGCUCAUUGCCGAGGGAGGAGAGCGUCGGCCCGGGGCUCUGAAGAUGGACGAAAUCAUUGAGGGACUCAAGGCUAUGAAGACUUUUGGUCAGUACCUGAGCGCCGCUCUCGACCAAAGCAGUCCGGUGGUCCUCGAGAAUCGUCUUCGGACUGUGCGGGGCACUCCUAUUCUCAAGAUACCAAGCUCCGUCAGAACAGGCAUAAGGAUGACCGUACAACCUCCGCCCGGCGAUGCGGCGCCCGAGAUCCUAGAUGACCGAAUCUGGAUAGAUGGAUGUUUCGAUUUCUUCCACCACGGUCAUGCUGGAGCUAUCGUGCAAGCGCGCCAGCUCGGAAAUGAGCUCUAUGUUGGUGUCCAUUCUGACGAAGCUAUCCUCGAAAAUAAGGGUCCUACCGUCAUGACCCUUCAGGAACGACUUGCAGCGGUCGAUGCCUGUAGGUGGGUAACCAAAUCCAUCGGCCACGCACCCUACGUAACAGACCUGGGCUGGAUCAGCCACUACGGCUGCAAGUAUGUUGUCCACGGUGACGAUAUCACCUCCGACAGCAGCGGCGAAGACUGCUACCGCUUCGUUAAGGCCGCUGGGCGCUUCCGAGUCGUUAAACGCACUCCGAGCAUCUCCACCACCGACCUCGUUGGCCGCAUGCUGCUCUGCACGCGCACGCACUUCAUCCGCAGUCUCGAGAAGGCCCUCGACGGUACCGAGGGCAGCGGCACUGAGGAAGAGAAGAAGGAGGCGGGCAGGGCCAUGACGGAGCGAAUGCGACUUUACGCUACGGACGAGACGGCUAAGGAACCUGGGGCUGACGUGUAUUUCUGGGCUGCGUCGCGGGUUGCCAAGGCGUCCGACUCUGAGGAGGAGAGGGGAACGUUCCGUCAGCUAUUCGAGGGGCCUGGUCCCAAACCUGGACAGCGAAUCGUGUACGUGGAUGGCGGCUUCGACUUGUUCUCCAGCGGCCACAUCGAGUUCCUCCGUCUAGUGGUCGAGGCCGAGGAGGAACUUGCGCGAGGCAAGGGUUGGUACGACGAAAAGGCCGUGGCUGAACGGGUCGCCUCCGGCGGAGAUUACCCACCGGCAUUCGUCGUGGCGGGCGUGCACGACGACGAUGUCAUCAAUCAAUGGAAGGGCGUCAAUUACCCCAUCAUGAACAUUUAUGAGCGCGGUCUCUGCGUGCUGCAAUGCAAAUACGUAAACUCCGUCAUCUUUGGGGCUCCUUUCUCGCCAACCAAAUCCUACCUUACAAGCCUCCCUUCCGGCACCCCCGAUGCCGUCUACCACGGCCCCACAUCCUUCAUGCCGCUCACCUACGACCCCUACACGGCUCCAAAGGAAAUGGGCAUCUACCUCGAGAUCGGCUCCCACGGCUACGAAGACGUCAACGCCGGCACCAUUGUGCAGCGCAUUUUGCGGAGUCGCGACGUGUACGAGGCACGGCAGAGAGCCAAGGGCGUCAAGUCGGAGGUGGAAGAGGCGCAUAAGCAGAGGGAGUUGCUCGAGCAGGAGCAGCGGGAGAAGGAAGCGGCGCGGAAGGCGUGA